CUCCCACUCUUUUGAGUCUUUUUGCAAGACGCUCUCUCUCCCUCUGUUCUUUUCUUUCUCCUCCGUAGCUGCUAAUGGGAGGUCAUGGUAUUAAACAAGUCCAUUAAAGUUUCUAAAAGAUGGCGCCCGAAGAGAAGCGUCUUACUGGAAUCCAAACACAUUCCAGAGGAAGCUAUUCUCUUUGAAUCCGGAUCACUCGCUCUACUCAGAUCAUCAGAGGCUGAUCUCAUUAGGAAGGAAUACCCCGACAUCAAUACAGCUUAUGCUUUGCUAGGCGUCCUCCAAGUUGGCCAAUCUCUUAGCUACAUAGUCCUAGUGACCGGCUGCAAUCAAGUGGGACGCAUAUCGAACACCGAAGUCUACCAGAUCACUUCUACGGUCAUGGUCCCCCUCCACUCCAAUCCUUCUGUUCAUGAAGGUGUCGUUGCAAUGGGGAAGUUACUCGCUUCGGGUCAGUUUUAUUUCUCUGUCUCUGUCGAUGAGAGACAAAACGGCGGGUUGUUCUCUUUGCUUUCCCGGAGUCAGAACAGAGGAGGGACUACGUCACAGUUCUGUUGGAAUCGUAGCCUAUACGUAUAUUUGCAGAGAUUUGCUGUCAACACUGAUAGAUGGGUGACCCCUCUUAUGUGUGGCAGUGUACAGAUACAGACCGUCUAUGCUGGGGACAAGCAAGUGAAGGCCUGUCUGAUAUCAAGAGUCUCUUGUGAAAGAGCAGGAACCAGAUUUAAUGUGAGAGGGCUCAAUGAUGAAGGCAAUGUUGCCAACUUUGUGGAGACAGAGCAGGUCCUCUCUAUCGAUAAAGCCAUCGCUUCGUUUGUUCAAGUUAGAGGACUAGUCCCUGUGUUCUGGGACCAACCGGGAAUACAAACUGGUACUAACAGGAUCAGACUAUCAAGAGGGUUUCAUUGCUCACACGCUGCAUUUGUGAGACAUUUUGAGAGUCUGCUAAGCCAGUAUGGCCCAUGUCUCUGCGUUGAUUUAUUAGGCAAUCGUGACAUGGAGCCCCUCCUCACUGAGGCCUAUGUCGAUCACUUGAGAAACCUCGAGGAAGAAGUACCAGGAGCAGCCGAAUACGUCCAGUUUGACUAUCAUGGCCACUGUCGACCGAAACAUAACGAAGCAUUGGAGACUAUACUGCUGCCAAUGUGUUCAAGAUUUAUUGAUACUUGUUCCUAUUACCUGGAGACAGAUGGGGAGGUGGUGAGUGCUCAGACUGGAGUCCUGAGGGUGAACUGUCUUGACUGUUUGGAUAGAUCAAAUAAUUCUCAAGCCAUGUUUGGGCAACAGUUGUUAGUACAGCAGUUGGAUGGGCUUAAGCUGUCUUCAAAGGUAAACGUUCUCUCUCGUUUCAAGCAAAUAUUUGAGAGAUUCUGGAUGCAAAAUGGAGACAACAUAAGCAAGCUAUACGCAGGCACAAGAGCACUGGGCAGCUCUUCAAAAGUUAGCAAGUUGCGUAACAGCGCUCGCUCUGUUCAGAGAACAAUUGUUAAUAAUUUCAUGGACAGCAGCAAACAGGAGGCCAUUGAUCUGCUCCUCCUCAAUGGGUACGUUGGAGAGAUUGGGAUACAAACUAGGAACCUACUAAAACCUGCUGACCUCCUUGCAUCGUUACCGUUACGUAAAUCACUAACAGAAAGAUGGCAGGAGUACACUAGUACAGAGAAGCUUCGUGUUUGUGUUGGUACUUGGAACGUCAAUGGAGGAAAGCAAAUGAGGAGCAUAGCACUCAAGAAAGAGUCCAUGCAUGACUGGCUCUUGGAUGCACCUGUGCUAUCAGGAAAAAAAUCCAUACCGCCUGCUGAUGUUUAUGCUAUCGGGUUUCAAGAACUAGUUGCACUCACGACUUCAAAUCUUGUAUCAACAAAUUCAUCAAAUCGUUAUGCUUGGGCGGCAGAGCUACAGCACGUCCUCUCACGUGAUCAUGAAUAUUCGUUACUGACUGCCGAGCAACUAGUGGGCGUGUGCUUGUACAUAUUUGUGAGGCCACACCUCAUUCCUUUCAUUCGCGAUGUGGGCGUGUCUGCCGUCAAGACUGGUAUAGGGGGUGCAGCUGGUAAUAAAGGAGGCGUGGCUAUACGACUAUUACUCCACAGUACCUCACUCUGCUUCGUGUGCAGCCAUUUAGCUGCCCAUCAAACUAAAAUAGUUGAGCGUAAUCAGGACUUUGCUGAGAUACAUCGUAAAGUGCUGUUCCCAAUGAAUCAAACUAUCAGUAGUCAUGAUUAUGUGUUUUGGUGCGGUGAUCUAAACUAUCGGAUUGAUCUUCCAUCAAGUAUUGCUAAAGAUGCCAUCAGUAAAGAAGAAUGGGACAAACUUGUGAGACACGAUCAACUAACAAAGCAAAAGAAGCUUGGAAAAGUGUUUUUUGGUUUUGCUGAAGGAGACCUAACGUUUGCUCCAACAUACAAAUACGAUCAGUUCAGUGAUGAUUAUGAUACUAGUGAAAAGUGUCGUGUCCCGGCCUGGUGUGACAGGAUACUCUGGCAAAGGAAGUCGUUCCUCCCUCCAGUGACUGACCAGAGAGCCAUAGCAAGACUAAGAGAUGAUGAACCUGAUAAUGAUUUAGAGGAAAGCGAUUGUCACCCAAGCUCCGUCGGUAAAGUAUACAAGAGAGAGUUAACUAGCGGACACCAGUCCCUCUCCUGGUGGAACCCUGGCCGACUCCUUUACUAUGGAAGAGGAGAGCUAAAGACGUCUGAUCACAGACCUGUCAUAGCUUACUUUGAGAUUGAUGUAUUUAGGAUAAACGAGAAAGAGAGAGAGAGAGUAAGGGGGACAGUUUUAGAAGACAUGGGUCCAGCUGAUGCUACAGUUAGGGUGAAGCCUUUGUCAGCGGACUAUAAUUCAAUAGACACUAAACAACUUGUGAAGGCUUUGAAUGAAUACGGGACUAUUGUAUUAGUUAGAGUCACUGAUGAGGAAACUUGUGUGACUUUCCACUCAGCAAAGUCAGCAAUUGAUGCUGUUUCAUUCAAUGGACAGGAGGUCAAUGGUGUAGCGGUUGAAGUUAAACUCAGUGAAGUGAGUAUGACUGACUGGACCGGAAAUAGCCUCCAGUUGUUGACAGCUGCUGAAUUAGAUACUGAAAACGGUGAAGCUGACGAAAUAGGAGGAGAGGAAGUUUUGAUUUUCUCAGGAGAUGAAAACGAUCAAAAGAUACCAAUAGAUGAAGAAUGCGAGGCUGGGGGUCUGGAGCCUAGUGAUUUUAAUGAAAAGGGUCUUGAACAGGAUGAUAAUGGAUAUGAAGACGACGAAGGUCUUGUGAUGCAAGGUUUAGAACCACCUAAAGCUUGUGGUCUAGAAGACUCUGAUCAGUAUGAGCAUAAUUCUGAUUCCAGUGAUGAUCAGUCUCCGCCAACAAUACAUGUUGAUUCAUGUGAUACCAAUCACGCUGAUAUUGAUCCCAUUCCUCCGUUAGUUAGGCCGACACGCCCACCUCGACCUCCACCAAUGAAAUCAUCGACCAGUUCGCCAGUCAUCUCACGAAAGCCUAUUGUAAAAGGAGGAGGAGCUCCAACACGCCCACUACCUCCCUCGGCUAAACCUCGUAGUGCUUCAGAAAUAUCUUCACAGAAAGUUCUUCCUCCAAGUCGGCCUCCUCCUCCUUCCCGCCCACCUGUUCCUGAUCGACCAGUCCCUCCAUCAGUUCCCAGUCGCCCUUUGAUACCAAGCCGUCCCCCUCCUCCAUCAGUGCCUCCUCGCCCUCAAGUCCCAGAUCGACCCCCUCCACCUUAUGUGUCACUCUAUCCUCAAGGACAUGAGAAUGAUGAACAGUGAUGAUCAGUUAGUCUAUGCUAUUACUUGUUAUUUAUUAUUAUACAUGGUUAUUUAUUAUGUGUGUAGAUUCUGUUAAAAUUGCCUCAUUGUUUUGGCUAUAGAUUUGCUUUUUAUUUCAUUUCCGAUAAAUUUCGUUGCCAAAUU